CCAGAGAAAUGACAGAUGUACAGCGUGUAGUAGUUUUCAGCACACCAUACAGACACUUAAAGAUGUGUAUGAGAAUACACUUACACAGAAAGAUAACCAUAUAACUUAUUUAGAAAAUAGAAUAAAAGAACUAGAAAGAAGAAAACAUAGUAAUACAGAUGGACACUUAAAUGGAAAUUUGAACACUGCAUUAUCAAGCCCAGAUUCUACAAGUAAAUACACACCACACAAGACUAAACAACAGCCUGGUUCUGACGAUGGACAUGCAGCUGUAGAAUCCAAUAGGAAAUCACAUGACAAAAUAGAGGAGGAUCCAAGUCCUGAUAGGCUAGAUAAAAGUUUGAAACUGAGGCUACCAAGGAACAAAAAGAGAAGCAGAUAUUCAGAGGACCCUUCACCCGAACAGAAAAGACCAAGAAUGGAAGAAACAAUGAUUGAGAUGCAUUCAGAUGGUAUCGAUAAUGAAAGAAUUACGGGAAAAUCAUCAAGGAAAGAUAACUUGCAAAAGAGGCCCCAUAUUAUUGUCCCAGAGACCUGUUUAUUUGAUGCUGAUUUAUUUGAAGAGGAAGAAGAAACAGUAUGUGACGAAAAAGCUGACAACGCCAAAAAUCUCACAGGAAUUAAGAAAAAUAAAUGGACAAUUGCUAUGGAUACUAGUUCUUCAUCAGAAAAUGAAGACAAUGGAUUGAAAAUUCAAGAUCAAGGUCAAAAGGAAAAGCAGGUCAAUAGGUCAUGGCUUCAUAGUAUGUUAAGCAGUCCAGAUUUGGACCAGACAAAGUUGAAUAAAGGUGAACAGUCUGAGGAAUUUGAAGGAAGAAAAAUUAAUUUGAAGAAAAAUAAAAGUGAUCCUUCUCACAUGUUAAAGCAGGUCAAUCCUGGAAGAGAACAAACUAAAGCUAAAACAUUAUCUCAGCAUGAUAGCCCACUCAAAGUGGUGCCACUGAAAAAUCGUAAAAUUGUAAAGAAAACAUCAAACCUCAAUUGUACAAAUUUAACAGAUGAUAUAAGUGGAGAAACUGUUCAUAUUCAUUCCAGUCCUGAGUUUUCAUCACCUUCAUUGGUCAGUAAUGGUCGAAUGACCAGAAAUAUUUCAGCAAGAUCUUCACAACAACCAAAAGACAUUCCAUCUGACAACGAAUCUCCUUUGACUUCUGAAAAUGAACAAAGGUAUCCUGAAGUGGACGUUCUGUUCGAGGAUUCAGAGUCAUCACAAUCGGACAAAAUAUUGAAUUCAUCGAAAGACAGAAGUGUUGAAAUUUUAUCACGGAAGGUCAGAGGGAAAAAGUCAAGGUCACAGGAAAAGUCACCUGACAUUAACAGCUCUUGGAAAAUGAGGGAAAGGAAAUCAAAAGUACAUGAAAAAUCACCAUUAAAAGACACUUCCAACAUGGAUGAGGAGUUCAAAAAUAAGUUACGACAAAGUACAUUGAGUCUAGCUUUUAUGAACGGCACAAAACAAGAUUCAGAUCUACCGCAGGCUAUAGAACAGUCUUUACAAGAAUCUACAGGAAAACUUUGUGAAAAACUUCAAUCUAACAAUGAAUUGCUAGAGUCCAAAGAAAAUAGUCCUCCAUUUAAAAAACCAGCAGUGCCAAAACCUAGAUUUAAAAGAAGUAAGCUGAGAAAAUCAGCAGAUCUUGAUGAAACUAUUGCACCUGCUGGUGAAGAAAAACAUUUAUCUGACAUAGACAUGGAAGAAACAAUGGCUCCAUCUAGGAUUAAUGAUAAACCAAAGGGAGGUAAUCCUGACCCAUUUAGAAUAAAUGGCAGUUUGGACCCUGCUAUUGAACUUUCUCAACUUUGUGCUGAAUCACAGGACCUAGGAGAUGAACUUGAAAUGACCUUGGCAAACAGACACAACAAUGGAAAAAGAGAAAAUAGGGUGAAGGAAAAUACAGACUGCAUAGACGCUUUACAAGAUUUCAGAUUAGAAGAUCUCCAUGGAAACGAUGAUUUCCCUAAAACAUCAACUUGUAUAGAGUUUGGUGAAGAUUCUCAAGCCAUUCCUUGCAGUUCUACAAGUGUUAAAUUCGGAGGUGGACGAUUAAAGGGACAAAAGAAAAAACUGAAAACUGGAGACACAGAAGACGUGGAAACAGAAGAACCACAGAUAAAUAAACAGAUGGAAGACAGUUUUGAUGUUCGGCCAAAGAUAACUACAGAGCCUGCCUAUGCCUAUGUUGAUGUUGUCCGUGGUAAAGAGGACAGAAGGAAACUGAAAGCUUUUUGGUGUCAAGAAUGUGCUGAUUUCUAUAAAGACACCGGUGAAUCUGAUGAGGCCAUACAGAAGAGGAUGCAGGAAUGUUCCAGACAUAGAGCUAGACAUGCCCCUCCAAGUACCCCUGAACAUUUCUGGUCUGUUGGGUUCAUGGACACACCAGAAUGUGAAGAGAGAGGCUAUAUUAACAGAGAGGAAUCACCAGAAGAGAAGAAAGAACCAACGUUUAACAGAAGAAGUAAAUACAGAAAACUGUUCAAAUCUAAAAAUGAAGAAGACAAAUACAGCUGAUAGUCACAUGAUAGUCACAUGACUCAGAUACUUUUUCAAAAGGCUGACAUCAACUGUACUAAGAAUUUGUUAUGUAAAUUAAAUGUGGGCAUAUGUAUAUUAAAUAUGGGCAUAUGUGUAUUAAAUGUGUGCAUAUUUAUAUUAAAUAUGGGCAUAUUUGUAUUAAAUGUGGGCAUAUGUAUAUUAAAUAUGGGCAUAUUUGUAUUAAAUGUGGGCAUAUGUAUAUUUAUACUGGAGGUAUUGAAUAUUCAGGGAUUUAUUUCUUAUUUAUAUUUUAACUAAUGUUUUAGUUAUCUUCUAACAUGUUGUCUAAUAGAGAUCUCGUUUAGGUUUUUUUUCUUUUUCUUUUUCUUAAUAUUUAUUAUUUUUUGUAAUAGGGCUGAUGAGCAUGGUUUUAGAAUUUAUGAUAUUUGUUUAAUUUUAGAGGUGUAAAAAUCGUGUUAUAAACUAGAGAAAACGUCUUGCUUGGGAACAAGAAUAUCUCACCAAUUUAAGUGUGUUCACAAGGAAAUGUAUUCUUGUGAAAGUAUAUUCCAAAGAUAUCAUAAUUCUUUUUCAUGAUAUUUUUAUUCUUGUGUUUUUGGUAGAUGAUAAUGAUAACUAUAAAUUGACAUUCGAUUUAUAAGAAAAGCUGUGAAAUGUUCCUAUUCACAACAAAACACAGAUCAAAAUUUAUAAUUUCUAUCAUUAUAACAAAAAUAAAUAUGCUGUUAAUCAAUAAAAAUGUUGAUGAAAUGCCAGAAGUUUAAAUCCUGUAUAACAUAUCAAUUGAUAAAUCUAAAGAUUGCCACGACAAGCUUAUUGUUUUUUAUCGGCCUAACUAAACAUAAACUUAAAUGAGAUGAAAUUGAAUUGCUUGUUUAAAAUGAACUUGGAAUGUGAAAUAACUUUAUGUUUAAUAUCAAACCUACUUAUUCCUUAUGUUUAAUCUAUAUGAUUGUAACAUACUUAAGCCAGUUAA